AUGUCAAAUAUGCCAAGAAACGCGCAAAAAUCCACAGCAUCAAAUGCUAAUAUGAAAACACCGAAAGAAGAAGUUGCUGAUGAAGAAUAUGCUGAUUCAAAAGUUGAUGUGAGUUGCAGGAUACAAAUCUGAAUAGCUGCCCGAAAAAUCGAUUCUUGGCCGAAUCAUUGAGAUGGCCUAGAAAUGUCGAAAAAACUCGGCCAAGACAACAAACACGCUCUAUUGUUUUGAGGAUGUGAAGAGUCUUGGCCGAGUUGGCGUUAUUUCUAGGCCAUAUCUAGAUUUUUGAAAACAAAAUAUAAUAGAAAAUUGAUUUUCAGACAACUGGACCAUCAUCUUCUGCCAACAAUUCCACUACUUCUUCUCAAGUCCAAGUUUUGACCAAAGUCAAAGAAGAAUUUGUUGAAGAAUCGGUGAGUUUGAAUAUUUACCAGAAAAACACAAUAGAAAAUUGAUUUUCAGACUUCUGGACCAUCUUGCUCAUCUUCUAACACAACCGCCGCCACCACAUCUAACCCAAAUGUCAAAGUUCCAAAACUGACCGAGGUCAAACAAGAGGUGAUGGAAGAAGUUGUGAGUUUCAGAAAAUUGAAAAUUUUUUUAUUCUGAAAAAAAUUUUGGUAUGAAAAUUAUCUAAUUUAGGAUAAUUCAACCCAUUUUUUGCAACACAAAAAUAUAAAAAAUUGAUUUUCAGACACAUGAUCAAAAUCAGCCAAGCUCCUCUAAUCAUUCCCAGCCUGGAACAACCGCUGCUGCGAAAUCUGGUCAGAAACCAGCUCCAAAACCGAUCGAACCACUUCGUGAGGUCAAAAAGGAAGAUCCAGAUGAUGAAACACAAGAAGUGAGUUUCAAAAUUGAAUAUUCAAAUAAUAUAUUCUAUGUUUUUCAGGCUGCAACUGGACAAGUAGUCGCCGCUGCUUCGAUUCCUCAAACACAAGCCGCUCCAGUCAACCAGACUGCAAAUGUUUUGAUGCCGGAAGUUAAGGAAGAACCACAGGAUCAAGAUUAUCCUACAACAUCGAAUGGUCAAAUUCCAGCUAAUGCUUCCGUACAUCCACCACAACAAAUUCACCAAGGACAAGAGAAUCGUGGAACAACUGUUGCUGCUUCUAAAUUUGGUGAAAAAUCAGGUCAAAAACCAACCGCUGUACUUCGUGAGGUCAAAAAGGAAGAGCCAGAAAAGCCAGAAGAACCAAAAGAAGUGAGUUUCAAAGUUAAAUAUUCAAAUAAAAUAUUUCUACGAUUUUCAGGCUACAACUGGACAAGUCCUUGCCGCCGCUGCUCCAAUUCGUCAAAGACCAACCGCUCCAGUCAACCAGACUGCAAAUGUUGUGAAUCCAGAAGUCAAGGAAGAACCAGAGGAUCCAAGAAAUGAUCAAGCGCCAAAUAUCCAUGCUACUGCUGAAGCCGCUGAACAACCACAAAACCUUCAAGUGCAAGAGAAUCAUGUGAAGGAGGAAAUUAUAGAUCCAGCAUAUGAUGCAUCCACAAACAGAGCAGUGAGUUUCAUAUGAAUUUUCAUCAGACCUAAAAAUUAAUUUCUGAAACAAAAUUACAUAUGUUUCAAGUAAAAAAUCUAAAUAAUAAAUUUCAUAAUUAAAAUAUUCAAAUAAUAUAUUUCAAUGAUUUUCAGGUUGGAAAUCGUCCAGUUUCCGCAGCACCAACUCGUCCAACUCGCCCAACUGGUCCAACUCGUCCAACUCCAGCCGCACCUGUUAACCAGACUGGAAAUGCUGUGAUUCCGGAAGUAAAGCAAGAACCAGAAGAUCCAGUAGAUGAUCAAGGGCCAAAUGUCCCAGUUGAUGCUGAAGCCGCUGAACAACCACAAAACCACCAAGUGCAAGCAAAUCCGGUAAAGGAAAAAAAUGUCGAUUCGGGUUAUGAUGCAGCCAGUAAUUCAGCAGCCAGUAAUUCAGUGAGUUUCACAUAUCAAACCAAAAUUCUCUUUAAAAAAAUUCAUUCACUCCGAAAUCACAUAUUUUUUAUAAGCCUUGAAAAUUUCUAAAAUUUCUCUGAACUAAAAAAAUGCGUUAAACACAAAAAAUUAAUGCUGGAACAUUUAUAAAAUAAGUUCUCGUGAAUGUUUUUCCUAGUUCUAGCCAAAUUUCCUACACACUUCAUAAUUCAAAUAAUAUAUUUUUCUGGAUUUUCAGACUGGAACUCAACAUUCACAAGAAGAUGCUCCAAUUCAAAAACCAGUCAAUCAAGAUCCCGGAUUCGAACAACAUGUAAAAGUGGAGUCAAGUGAAGAUCAACAAGCUGAUCGAAAUAGUCAAAAGAAUGUUGCUGAACAAGCUCAACCACAACAACAACAAGCACAAUUAAAUGUUGUUCAAGACAAAGCUGCAGAGGAAGUUGCUGAAAAUGAAGCGGCAAAUGAAGAUGUGCGUGAAUCUGGAGUUGGUCAUGUUGUAGCCGGUGGAGAUGCAGGCCUAGAUAAUGAUCAAGGUGACGAUCUUGUGCGAAAUCGUAAUGAUGAUAUGAACGCCGGAAGAGUUGAUGGAAAUGUUCGUGAUCGCGCAGUGAGUUUAUUGAUUUUAUAGAUCAAAAAUUUGAUUUUUUACACCUAGAUAAGCUUAGAUCUUGAUUUAUUUUGUCUGAAAAACUAGCUUACUAGACUAAAUAGUUGGGUUCACUUCUAGAUUUACAAAAAUACUCCGAAAGUUCUGAUCUUGUGUAUUCAAAUCAAAUUUUUCAGGUCGCUCCGCAAAGACGUCGAAAUGCUCCAAGAGCUAGCGGUCCAGUUAGACGAUCAAGACGCAUAGCGAAUGAAGAUGCGCAGAAGAAUGAAUUGGAUUUGGAAGAAUUACCGUCUCCAAAACGAGCCAAAAUGUCGCGCGAAAUCAAGAAAUUGAAGAUCGAUUUCGUCAACAAGGAUUAA